GAACAUGAUAUUGUUUCCAGUUUACAUGGAAGAUGACUGUACAGGUUACAUUGACAUGGAAUCGGCUGCUAUUCCUGCCGGGAGAUUAUCCGUCACGCGCCGGUCCAAAUACCGUAGCAAAUUAAAAUGUCAUGUAACGAUUAAGGCCCCACUUGACAGGAGGAUUGUUGUCGUUUUCAGAGAAAUGGACAUUGAGUGGGAACCAAACUGUGGUGAUGAUUUUAUGAGUUUACAUGACGGUCAUAAUAUGACAGCAAGGGUGUUACGAGGAACACAUCCUCAAAUAUGUGGUCAUAUAAUACCUCCCGGAGACUACACCACCACUGGUAACCUCCUGACAGUGGGUUUCCAAAGUGAUGGCUACAAACAAAACAAUGGCUUCGAGAUUGUGUUUACAUCUUUUCACACAGCCGAGUCUUGUUUUGUGGACGAAUUACGGUGUAGCAAUAAGCGAUGCAUAGCUUCCUCAUUACAUUGUAACAAUUUCAACAACUGUGGCGAUGAUUCUGAUGAGUGUGAGGUAGAUUCAGAAGUUGUUAUAGCAAUUACAUUGAGCGUGUUUCUGUUGACUGUUGUUGGUGUUGGUUCUAUACUUUUAUACAGAAAAAGGAAAAGACAACUCACUCAUAAAAGGCAGCAAGACCUAAAAGCAGCGAUUGUUAAGGCAUCUCAGUUAAGCAAGGACCUUGAAUCUGUGGAAAUUCAUCCUUGUGAGGCAUGUUCACUAGAGAUCGUUUCUAAGGAGAAGCAGAAAUUGUAUGCCCGGAAGUUGCAAGAAAACGACAACGAGGCUUACCAGGAGAGCUAUGAUGCGAGAAUGCACAAAGAGGUGCUUGGGACGCGAUUAUCUGACAAUUUCUACAGGGCUUCCAUAUAGUCUUCUCAAUCAAGAAAUAUGCCGACAAAUUAUACGAUUUAAUUAAUGAUCUUAUGUCUGUUAUAUCGAACUUAUAUAGCUGUUCGCUUUUGUUACAUUCAUUUUUUUCCUGCUUUAUCACUUGUACAGACGAUCCAUUGAAAUGUUGUGCGUACCUUUUCUGAUACUUGAAGUGUCAUUGAAGCUGCAUUCUUCUAUAACAGAAUUGAGAAAUCAAAGGCCUAAGAAUUAUUUUUUUCGUUUUUUAGAAAAUGCAAAUACGAGUUUUAUAACGUUUGAAUGAUGAUUUUAG